ACAUCAACACCAGUUCACUCAGGUUAAUUUCGGUUAUAAUUAAAAUCGUCUUAGAGCAAUGGUGGAUGCUAAACCCAGUUCGGAAUCUUUUAUGCAAAAUGUUUUGGGAAUUUUCUCUGAAAAUACAAGCGCCAAGGGCCAGUGGCCUAUGGUCAGCAGUUAUUUUUGCCCGUUCCUUAUGCUCGUCAUUUGGGUAGCCUCCUUCUCCAUCUUAAUUUGUAUAUGCGUGUGCUGCAAGUUCGUGAAAUCGGAAACAUUCACCAGUUACGACUCAAACAGCAUUGAGAUGCAGGAGGUUCGUAUCCUGGAGCCUAAUUUCAAACACUUCAAAGGAUGUGCAUGCUUGGAGUGUCUGCAUCGUCAAUUGGCCAAGGAAUUGGAUAUGAAAAGUGUAAAUUAAACUAAACACUUUGUUAUUUGCCGUACAAAGUUGUGUUUAUUGUGGGAAAUAACAAAAAAUAUUUACGGAAUAACAUAUUUUC